GAUGCAUCAAAACAACGCCGAACGGCAAACAGAGCAGUCGUGUUUUUCGCUCACUCUCUCUGCUCCAAUUUGUAAACAACAACAAGCUGAAAACAGGAGUUGCCGAAGCCCCCGUUCCCUUUUGUUGGUAUUGGUGGGGUGCGCGAAGCUGGUGUACAUUUCGGGCGAGAGUGUGCAUGACGACGUCCAGCAAAAGAGUUUCGUGGUUUUGUUGUUGUUUUUACAAUCGUUGUUCAUCCCCAUCAAAGAAAGCCAGAUAGCUGUGCGACACAAACACUCUUCGCCGUAUGUGAACAUAGUAGGCUGGCUGUUUACUCCAUUCUGCUACGUGUAGUGUAUUAAUGCGCAGCAAAUUGCAAAGCCAGCUGUGGCUGAAAGCAAAACCCAGGCAAUAACGAAUCGUCACUUGGACAGUAAGGACGCGCGGGUCGUACUCCAGAAAGUGUUUCAAGUGAACAAAGUCAGUAUUCUGUUGCAUUUUGGAAAACUAAAUAGCUGAACAGUUGGUCAACUUUGUCCGUGGAACCAUAUUGAAAGCGAACGCCAUUUUAUUGCACCUUUCCAUAUACGUCGUUGUCGUCCAGCUGGAAAGAGAGCUAGUGUAAACAAAGAAGUCGAAAAAACAGUCAGUUGCAAUUUGGUCGUGCAAAAAGUUGACUCAAUCUAGUUGUUAAGUGUUGACCCUACCUCAGGUAGUGGGUUGCUUUAAGCGCAAAAGAAAAAAAAUAUUGUUAUCGUAGAAAAAAUCCAGGUACACGUACCUUCCGAAGCAGCUGAAAGGGAACCAGAUUAUCAUAUAAACAGUUCCGUUCGAUACAAAAGUGUGUGUGUGUUCAUUUCCAUUCUGAAUUGCGCGUCUGGCCACGUUGCACCUGUGUGGGUGUUUUGUUUAUAUUACCUAGAGUGUGUAUCCAUUCGAAACGAUCGUGUGGCACCGUGAAGAGAAAACGCAUACCGCCAAGCUCUUUGUUUACAAAUAUAGAGAAGCGGGAGAAUUGAUUUUUCCUUGUUUCGGUGGCACGUAGAUCUUGUUUUUCUUCCUACGGGAGAACCCAACCGCACAUCCAACCGCGCAUUCCAGACAAAGAAAGUGGUGCAAUGUUCAAGUCCAUCACGAGCACCAGCGGAACGAACAGCAAGAUGUCCGCAACGCCCAGAACCAGCGAGGACCUACUCGGAGCAAAAAAACAUCAUUUCCUUUCCCCAGAAUCAUGGAUCGAGCUGUCGUCCAACACCAACACAUGCCCCAAGAGCCCGGACCGGACCACGCCUUUGCCGUUCACCUCGGUCGAAGAGUACCUCCGGCUGCUGCGGGAAGCUCAACGAGAAUCGAAGGAAUCGAGCCGGGUGGCGUCGCUGACCAGCUCGCGGCGUGAGUCAACCCGCGGUAGCCCAAAGUCACCUCCGAACAGCCCCAAUACGGAACUGGCCACCACCGAGGAGCAGCUCAAAGGAGUCUACAUCAACUAUCUGAACAGGGAAGGAGAUGCCACUGCUCAAAAGGAUAAUGACUGGGUUUGGGAAUGGAGCAGUCGGCCGGAGCAACUGCAGGCAAAGGAAUGGAAGUUCGAAAACUCCAAACAAAGCAUUCGUCGCAACCAACAGGGCUACUCGCUGAGAAUGGCACGUGUGGGCAAAAAUUCUUUGUUCUCGCGAGAAGUGCUCUAUUCACUUGUGCUAACAAAUGUAUUAUCCUUGCUGCUUGGAGCUGGAAUCGGAGCUUGGCUACAUAAACGAGGACUGCUCUUCACGCGAAUCUCGAUCGAAUAAAAAUCGACGAGGAAGCGUGUGGAUAGAAUUAAUUGUUUCAACUUUUGCAGCGAAUAAGUUUUCUACAACCAUCAUCCAAAUUUUGCUGCGCUGGAGAAAUCGCAGUAAUAACAAUAAUUUUUAGUCCGAUGAACAAGUGUCAAAAACAUCAAACAAUCUUAAAGUGAGUUCCAGCACAAGAUAGCUCCAAAAUUACAUAAAUCCAUCACAUUUUUUGGCGUGUUGAGCGCACGCAUUCGUUCCAUUGCACUGAACUGGAAACUCAGGAAAAAAUAAUGAAUUGCUUCAAAUACAGCUGAUUCUACAGAAAGCAGAGAGAUUGAUAAGAUGAAUUGUAGAAAAUCCAAAACAGACUCGUGAAAAGGUUUAGAUUAGUUAGGCAAUGUACAGUUCAAAUAGAAAACAUCAGAAUAUGGAGAUCUUUUGAGGAUGCUUUCGAAACAAUUCCCAUACAUUGCAGGACAGAAAAGGACUUUAGCCGUUUCUUGUGAUUUUAUGAAUGUUAUUUUUGUUUGUUUAUUAUAUGAUUUUUUUUUAACAAAAGUAAAACAUAUUGUCUAUCAAAUAUGUAACGAAGUGAAAUGUACUGUCAAAGUUAGACUUGUGCGAGAAACCAUGUUUUAUAAAAAUCUUUUUAUAAGUGUAACACCUUAUUCCAUUUUAUAGUAAUGUACGUUAUGAUUAAUCUUAUAAAUGCUAUUAUAAAGUCAGGUGUGUUACAAUCAAACAUUCUUUUCACUACAAAAAUAUUAUAUUUUAUUUAUUUACUAAUCUGAAAAUAAUUUUGCAUGAGCUUUAAAAUCCCAUUCGAUAAAUUCACAAUUAUAACAUGAUAGUUUCUCUUAAACACUUUUGGCGCCAUCUAUGGGAAAAGCGAUUCGAUUCAAUCGCUUUGAAGCUUUUUCUUAACCAAACCCAAACCAAUCUGCAUUUUCCUCUUUCAAAUCGCACACUGCAGCGUCCAAGAAUGAGAGCUGGUAUUUGAUAGAAAUGUAAACGUAAAGUAAGUAAAACGAGUUCACUUUUCUUAAACAUUAAGCCGUUCUAGGAUCACACUAAAAUAUUCAUUGAAAUAUCACUAGAAUAGACAGUUUUACCUUAAGCGUCCCAUUGGCUUUUCUGUAUUCGGUGAACUAAAGUAGCAAGUAAUGUCAAAACUAUUCAAUUUGUAUCUGUAUAUUAUGCAAUCAAAAUUGGAAAAUUAUCAUAACUUAUUCAUUACUUUUUAUAAACAUUAAUUUAAAGUAUAAUAAAAAUGUGCGAAAA